AAGCAUAAUCAGUCGCCUUGAGCUGAGCAGUCAUUCGCCGUCGAACCGGGCCUGAAGGAAGAGAAGAAUCAUAUUCGGCGUGUACGGUGAAAAUAUUGAAGAAAUCUAAACUAUAGUGUUACAUAUUUGGAAAUUUUGUCGCUGAAAGAUAUUCGUUCAAGAUUUUGCAUAAAAGUUGGAUUUUCUAUGCAAAGUUUCUUCUUUUGUUAAAACGUGGAAUACGAGAAAAACUAGCUGCUCCGCUUACUGCGACUUGGAUUGCUGCUUCUUCAAGGAUCAAACCAAGGAAAAUUCUUUGCAUUUAGAGAUUUUUUUUGAUCGAUUCUGAUUAUCGUGUAUGACAACUUUUACUAAGUGAAAAAGAAUGUCCAAGUUUCUACUAGCAAGAAAAUGUAUCGAAGUGUUGACAUCAUUCGGAGGGACAAUUCCCGGCGGAGCUACACUGUCCACAAAAUACGUUCGAACACUUGCCACUCAAGCCGGUAAAGUGCGGCAGGCGACUGGAGGAAUCGACCAGCAUGUACCGACCGAUCCGGAAGCGAUUCAUGCACGUUUGCACCAACGAUUGACGACACUUUUCGAGGACGAAUCCAGGCGUAAUUUGGUUGUUCCGCCCUUUAAGCGGGCCCUACUUUACGGGGAAAAAUCGGCUAUAAGGGACCAGACAGGAGAUUACAGCUUUAUCCAAAUCUACGAAGCUGUCAAACGGCUUGCUUUGCAGAUCUCCAAUUGCUGUGGAAGUGCAUCACAGUCACGUGUCGCAUUUAUCUGUCCUAAUAAUGUCACGUAUGUUAUCAGUCAGUGGGCCUGUUGGUUCUCAGGGCAAAUUGCCGUUCCAUUGAACCCCAAUUAUCCACAAGAUUUACUGGAAUACUACAUAAAAGACUCGGAUGCAUCACUGCUUAUAGCUACGCCAGAGUUUCAAAACAUUGCCCAACCGCUGUCUACAAAGCUAGACAAAAAACUUCUCGUGCAUCAUGAUUUGCUGAAAUCAAACAAACUGGAGACGCAGCAACAACAAGAAGAUGAAACGUCCUAUUUAGAUCCCAAAAGAGAACAUCUGCUACAACUCAACGAUACUCUAUUAGUCGAAGGUUGUCUGAAUGGAGAAUUCUAUCGGGAUGCAAAUGCGCUUAUUCUAUAUACGUCCGGCACAACCGGAAAACCGAAAGGAGUAGUUCUGAGCUAUGCAAAUUUAGAUGCACAAUACAGUGCGCUCUCGCAUGCUUGGGACGUUUCCGGGGUGGACUCGGUUCUCCAUUCACUUCCAUUGAAUCACGUCCAUGGAACAGUGGUUGCCCUCAAUUUGCCACUAUCAGUUGGAGCAAAGUGUGUAAUGUUGCCUAAAUUCGACAGUAGCAGCGUUUGGAGUUAUCUCUUGAAUGUGAACAUGACCACGAAGGAAAGAGUGAACAUCUUCAUGGGUGUUCCUACUAUGUACGGAAUGUUGAUCAAAGAAUACGACAGUGUUUUUGGUAAAAAUGCAAGAAUGUGUGACUACGUCAAAACUCAUUGCAAGAACAAGAUCAAAUUGAUGAUAUCUGGGUCCGCUCCUCUACCGGGAAGCAUUUCCAAUCGGUGGUACGACAUCAGUGGUCACCAACUGCUGGAACGGUAUGGAAUGACAGAAACUGGAAUGGUUAUUUCGAAUCCAUACAUCCAAGAUAAAACCCGGGUUCGCAAGCAAGGUUGUGUCGGGAUGCCUUUGCCUGGCGUAAGGGUAAAAAUUGUAAAUAAGGAAACUCAGAAGGAGCAUAUUUUCGAGGGAGCUGCGAAUCAAGGUUUCUGGGACAGCUCGCCAAAUGCGAACGUACAUGAUUCAACAGCAUGCCAUCCAGCAGUGUCUGGUGAAAUUUACGUCACAGGUAAAUCUGUCUUCCAACAGUACUGGCAAAAACCUGAAGAAACUAAAGCAGAAUUUGAAGACGGUUGGUUCAAAACAGGCGAUACGGCCGAAUACGUUGAUGGCGCCAUUAAAAUACUAGGACGCACCUCCGUCGAUAUUAUUAAAUCAGGUGGAUUCAAAUUGUCUGCGCUUGAGAUCGAAACUGUCCUUCAUGAGUACCCCGAUACGACAGAUGUUGCUGUGGUUGGACUCCCAGACGAAACAUGGGGAUCCAAAGUGGUCGCAGUACUUAGUGUAAAAGACGUCGAAACUUUCAGCAUACCACAACUUCUAGCGUGGCUGGAGCAAAAAUUGCCCAAGCAAGCGAUUCCGAAAGAAGUGAAAAUUGUAACGGAAGUUCCACGAAAUGCGAUGGGAAAAAUUAACAAGAAAGACUUAAUCCAGAAGUUGUGCACCGAACUCAACCAAGAGCAGGAUAAAGUCGUAAAAUAAGCCGAAACAUGCGACUGAAACUGGCACAGGUUUUGGUUUAUGUGAUGUGUUCCAUAAAUAUUUAAGUUUCAUCUGUUACUCUGUGGGGCUACCGUUAUCCUCGGCUCUUGUGAAAUUAAAUAGGUCGAGAUUAGCAAACAGAUAAGAUAACUACUAGUCAUAGGUGUUCGACUGUGCAGCAGGCUAGACUAGAAUAGUUACGUUUGCGACUAUUAUUAACUGUUUGUACUUUAUCAUUUGUAAGCGUAUCAAUGCAUAUUCUCGAUGUACCCAACCUAUGCAUAUUGCACAUGCAGCAUCUAAGAAAUUGUUUAGUCACUCUGUGUUCAACAGUAACUAACAAUGACGAAUAAAAUUCGAAAUUUCCAACCAAUUUCAUUGAAAUUACAUUAA